CUCUGACAGGAAGGAUGGGAUAUUUAUUUUCUUCCUAUUCUGACAUUUCCUAAUUUGCUUGAAAAAUCAUGUCUAUGAGCCAAAUCUACCCUUCAAUCAUUUCUAUGUGCUUUUCCUCAAAUCAUUUGAGGGUUUGCCAGUGGAUAAUAGAUAUGUGCCAGGAAAACUCUGUUGUUUCUUAGAGGUGGAUAUGGAUUGAAAACGGAGAUCCAGUUUUCGAAAGCAAAAGUGAAACAGACUGCAACCAGAAUGAAAAGGGAAGGAAGGUUGGGUUUUUGGGCAAAGACUGAAUACUUGAUCCAGAGGUGCAAAUAAAGUGGACAUCACUGGAUGCAGGGUUUUUUGUUGCUGCUAUUAACCUCUUUGGGGCAGAAUCCAAGUAAAGAAAUCUCUGAAUCAGAGUCUUUUAAAAAUGGAGAAGAAAGAAAUGUUCAGACAGGAAUUAGUGGAUGUUCAUGGAGUCCCUCUCUUCUGGACCAUCGCAGAAGCAUGGUCCCAGGUAGAAGGAUUUGAGGCCAGACCAGAUGACCUUCUCAUCACUACCUAUCCCAAAUCUGGUACCACUUGGGUCAGUGAAAUCUUGGAUCUGAUCUAUAACAAUGGAGAUGUAGAGAAAUGCAAACGAGAUGCUAUAUUCAAUCGGAUCCCUCUCAUGGAACUGAUAGUGCGUGAAUCUAUAAAUGGUAUAAAGAAGUUGGGAGAAAUGAAGUCUCCACGCCUAGUGAAAACCCAUCUGUCAGUGGAACUCCUUCCUUCCUCUCUAUGGAAGAAUAACUGUAAGAUGAUCUAUGUAGCACGGAAUGCUAAGGAUGUUGCUGUCUCUUACUAUUAUUUUUAUAAGACAGCAAAGAUGCACCCAGACCCUGGUACUUGGGAGGAGUUUCUGGAGAAAUUCAUGACAGGAAAGGUGAGUUUUGGUUCCUGGUAUGACCAUGUGAAGGGCUGGUGGGAGAAAAAGAAGGACUACCGUAUCCUCUACCUUUUCUAUGAAGAUAUGAAGGAGGACCCAAAACGUGAGUUAUUGAAAAUACUGAAAUUCUUGGAAAAGGAUUUGCCAGAAGAGAUUGUGAAUAAAAUCCUCUAUCACACCUCCUUCGAGAUAAUGAAAGACAACCCAACAACCAAUUAUACCAUGGUGCCAGAAGAUGAAAUGGACCACAAAAUAUCUCCUUUUAUGAGAAAGGGGAUUUCAGGUGACUGGAAGAAUCAUUUCACCGUAGCCCAGUAUGAGAGAUUCGAAAAACAUUAUAACCAACAAAUGGAAGGUACUACACUGAAGUUUCGAUCUGAGAUCUAAGGAAUGUCUCUCUUCCCUCCAAACUUCUGAAAUGUUUUGCAAGAAGAAAAAUACCUAGCAAUAAUAUGUAUAGGCUUUGAGCUUCUGCAGUUGCAUGACUCAGCACUUUAUAUAGAUAUUGCUAAGAAAAGUCCUAAGCAUUUAAAUCGGAAGAUGUAAAGAACGAUUGUCCAAGAUUUCCUAAUAAACUCUCUGCUCCAAUGUUUAUAUUAUCUUAAAGAAUUAAAUCAUGAAACAAUGAUUUUAAAAGCACUCAAUUACACAUUUUCCUAUUGUACAAUGUUGUAACUAGAGUUGAACAAUGGGUCCUUGUCCAAAAGCAAAAAAAUUUAUAAGGUUGAAAUUUUGUUAGAUUGAUGAUUUUAAAAGGUUAUAAAGUUUUUAAAGUUAAUUUGUGUUGUGUUUGAUAGCUUGUGGAAUUUAGUAGAAUUAAAAUGCACUUCUUUAACAAAGACUUAGUUUAAAGUGGAAAUUACCAGAAGGUAGAAUAUAUGCCAGAAGUGAAUUCCUCACUAGGUGGGGCCCACCAAGUUCCCAAUCAAAGUGGCCACCUAAACACAUCCUAUAUAAUUUUCUCUUAACAAAGUUCAGCAUCUUUGUAUCUCUCCUACUUGACUGACUUUGUCUUAAUUAUUUCCUAUACUAUUUUUACAUCAUAUGUUUUAAAGUUAAUUUGAGACUUCCGGCCAAGAUGGUGACGAGGAGGCACACAGCUGUGUAAGC